AUGGGUUGGUUGGUGGGGGAGUUGGAGAUGGGUGGGUGGGUGGGUGGUAAAGUAUGGGAGGAUUGGGUGGUGGGUGGGUGGGAUGUAUGGGAGGAUGGGUGGGUUGGUGGGUGGAUUAUGGGAGAUGGGUGGGUGGUGGGGUGGGAAGGGAAGUAUGGGAGGAAUGGGUGGGUGGGUGGGGGUGGGAGGGGGGGAAAGGUUGGGAGAUGGUGUGGGGUGGGUGGUGGAUAUGGAGGAUGGGUGGGUGGGUUGGUGGUAUGGGGAGGAGUAUGGGAGGAUGGGUGGUUGGUGGUUGGAGGGGGGAAGGUUAGUUGUGGGGGGUGGGGAGGGAGGUUAGAUUUGAGUUUGGGGGGGGGGGGGGGGGGGGGGGGGGGGGGGGGGGGGGGGGGGGGGGGGGGGGUUGGGGGGGUGGGGGUGGGAGGUGUAUAUAAAUUUGUAGGGGGAAAGGGUGAGGUAGGGGGAGUUAUGGGAGAUGAUUGGUUUGUUGGUGAUUUGGGGUGGGUUGGGGGUGGGUGGUGGAUGUUGGAGAUUGUGGUUGUAGUUGAGGUAGGUGGGGGGGUUGGGGGUAGUGGUUUGGGGGGGGUGGAUGUAUUUGGUGGGUUGUGGGGGUUGGUUGAGGGGGGGGGGGUAGUUUUAGUAUGGGGGGGGGGAUGGUUAUGGGUUGGGGGUGUGAGGGGAUGGUUUUUUUUUAAGUUUGUUUUUGUGGUGGGGUGGGAUGUGGGUUUUGGGUUAUAUGAUUGGGGUUUGUGGGUGGGGUGGGGGAAAAUUUGGGUUGGGGGGGUGGGUGGUUGUUGUGAAGGGGGUGGGUGGUGGUGUAGGGUGGAUGGGGGGGGAAGAAUGUAUGGGAGGGGGGGAGUGUAG